UGUUACAUCCAUUUGCCCCUUCUAAUGCCAUUGUGCUGGACUUCUGUGUAUUUGAUGCCUGACCAAUGACAUGAGCCGGCAGCAGAGAAGGAGGAGGAUGUAGAUCUGUGUGGACAGACUCAUGUAGCAAGGUUACUUAUUGGACAAGCUUCCUGCAUAUUAAAUUUGUGGGAACUGCAAGGCUUGACACCCACCCGUGACCUAAUGGAGGCCUCACAUUGUUGCAGAGCUCUCCCAUAAGAUGGUAACUGCUCUCAAUCCAUAUGGAAACACUUGCAACAUUCAGCACAAAAUUAAAACCUGUAUGGUGGAAAACAGGGAACUAUCACUAGCAAUGAAGAUAAGACUUUGCCCUUCCUUUGCUUGCACUUGUGAGUGUGUACUUUAAACAUAAAUAGUUUAAUAUACAGCAGAAGUAGCUGAUGUAACCUCUAUUUAUUGGACUGUUUUAUCGCAAAGUGCUGACCAAAGGUCUGGUGGUAAGGGGGGUUGGGGAGAGGGAAAAAGAAUAAAUAGAACACCAAGUGAAGCCGCUCAGUAUCGAAUAUGAUAUUUGGAUGAGCUGCGACCAGCCACACAAAAUACACGGCCAGGACUAAGAGUCUAAAUAGAUCCAGUUUAAGGUAUCUCUGGACACUUCACUGUGAUCCAUGGAUGGUGUGUAUUUUGGAACCCAUCCACCCAGAGUGGUAAUAGUUGGGGCUGGCUUUGCCGGACUUGGGGCAGCCACCAGCUUGGCAAAACAAGGGGUGAGAGACUUGGUAAUCUUAGAAGCUUCAGAUCGAGCAGGCGGCCGGGUUUUAACACACAAAACCUUUGGUAGCCCUGCCUUAGAACUUGGAGCCACAUGGAUCCAUGGUCAGACAAACAAUCCAUUGUAUCAAAUGGCCAAAGAGAAAGGGUUGCUAGCAGACAAUGGGUUUAACAUGGUAACAUGCCAGCCAAUAAGUGUCACCCCACAGGAUUAUUUUUUUUCUGAAGAAGGGAAGCUUUUCCCUGCAAAUGAUGUAGAUCGGGUAACUUGCUUUUUUGGCCAAGCCAUGGCUAAGAUUAAUCAACAGGACUUCAAGUCGGAAUGUGCAUCAUGGUCAGUCGGGAAGUAUCUAGAUCAAGAGUUUGCAGCGUCCAGUAUUUCUAAGUCCGAGUUGUCCGAGGGUAUCUUUGAGUGGUGUAAACGCACAGAGUGUGUUGAUGAGGCUUGCAAUUCCAUGUAUGAGUUUUCCCUGAGUCAGCUGGGCCUCUAUACUGCACUAGAAGGACCUUUUUUCAACUGUUUGGGCAGCAGUGGCUAUCAAGCUCUGCUUAACAAUUUGCUAGAUCAACUUCCUCCAAAUUCUUUGCGUUGUUGUAAACCCGUAAAAUGUGUCCAAUGGGAAGGUUCCCCUCCAUCAUCUAAGUCCAAACCUCCUGCCUUGGUGCUUUGUGAAGAUGGAGAGGAAUUUCCAGCAGAUCAUGUGAUUGUCACUGUGUCUCUUGGCUACUUGAAGGAACAUGCCUCAAGCCUUUUUGACCCACCGCUACCUCAAGGGAAGAUGGAGGCUGUUGAACGGCUAGGCUUUGGCACAGUGGCCAAGAUCUUCUUGGAGUUUUCUGAGGCUUUUUGGCCCGAUGAUUGUGCAGGUAUACAACUUGUGUGGCAACAGGGACCAGAGAGUCCAGAGGGCUAUGCUGCUCUCAACCAGGAGGAUUCACUGAGAUCUGAGUGGUACAAGAAGAUCGGGGGGUUUGACUGUGUUCCUCUGCACCGUAGCAUUCUUUGUGGCUGGAUCACUGGACUUGCUGCUGAACAUAUGGAAACACUGCCUGAGAAGGAGGUGGGAGACGUAUGUGUCAGACUACUGAAGCAAUUUACAGGCUGGCAUGUGUCGGAGCUGAGGCGAGUCCUGCGCUCCACGUGGCACACUAACCCCUACAUUAGAGGCUCUUACACCAACGUGCCAGUAGGAGUGGAUGCAGUGAAAGAACAGAAAGCACUAGAAGAACCUCUUCCUUCAACGCACCAGAAGAAAAGGCUCAGGCCUUUGCAGGUGCUAUUUGCAGGGGAAGCCACUCACACCAAUUUCUACACAACAACUCAUGGUGCCUACCUGACUGGAGUGCGGGAAGCAGAGAGGAUCCUGGAGCACUAUGAGAUUAGGACAAACUCUCGUCUGUAACCACUGUGUACAACUGGUCUGCAAAGCUGAGCCAAAUGCUGCUAUGUCUGGGUUUGCCAAUCCCCGGCAGGCAGUGUAUUUUCUCUUAACUUUCAUACCUCAUCAAUAAAAAAUGCCUUUCCCCUGAAAGGGAGAACCUGAAAAAUCA